UGAGCUGACUCUCCUCCUCUCUUCCUUCGCUGAGUCGGAGAUCAGGGAGCGUUAUAAAUAGAGGGGAAGCGGGCACAGAGAGGGGCCGGAAGAAGUACAGGAGGAGAAAAGUUCAUAAAGAAAGAAAACAAUGGUCUCACUCGUUCUCUCAAAUGCCCUCCUCCCCCUCCUCCCCUCUUCCUCCUUGGGUUCGGCGCCCUGCAUUCCCCUUCUCUGCCGAGGAAUCCUUUCGACGCCUCGCCUCGCCAUCUCACGGCGAACUCUCAGAGCGGGUCUCACGGUGGCGUCCGGCAGGCCCUCUGCCAUGGCCAAGAACGGGGCCUUCAUGACCGACUCCACGUCGCAAAGCAAUGGUAUUCAUACAGUUGGAGAUUUUAUGACUAAAAGGGAAGACUUACAUGUUGUAAAGCCUGCAACUUCGGUUGGUGAAGCUUUGGAGAUGCUAGUGGAGCAUAGGAUCACCGGCCUUCCUGUAAUUGAUGAUGACUGGACAUUGGUAGGUGUAGUUUCAGAUUAUGAUUUGUUAGCACUGGAUUCCAUAUCAGGGAGUGGACAGACUGAUACAAGCAUGUUUCCAGAGGUUGACAGUACAUGGAAAACAUUCAACAAGAUCCAGAAACUGCUAAGUAAAACUAAUGGUAAAGUCAUUGGUGAUGUGAUGACACCUUCUCCCCUUGUGGUUCGUGAAACAACAAACCUUGAAGAUGUUGCAAGGUUAUUACUUGAAACAAAGUACCACAGGCUUCCUGUUGUUGACAGUGCUGGCAAAUUGAUUGGUAUUAUUACAAGGGGAAACGUUGUUAGAGCAGCACUCCAAAUAAAACAUGCUAGUGAAAAGAAUUCUCAGCUAUAAGAUGGAAAUGAGCUUCAAGCAUUCACCAUCAGGAGGUCAUGCUACUGCUCUAUUCAUCCUAUUGUGUUUCUGAUAUGUUAGGAGAUCCAUUGCAAGCAUGCAAUACGGAGGGAGGGAUCAUACUAGCCCAACAUCUUAAUUUAUAGCACAACUUGGUUUCUGAUGUAUAUGAUUGAUUAUGUGUGUUUCUAUUUUCUGGAAGACACCGAAGUUCGGACUCAGGUACUCAACUAUUCUUUGGGAUGGUUUCAAAGCCACGAAUGAGAAGCAAUUUUCAGUUGUGUUAUUUUUAUGCAAAAUUUUUCAUGUCAUUUGAUUUUUCUUCUGUCA